AUAAGUCCACACACGUUGGUGCAGACUCAUUUUGAUACGUUACCUUGCGGCGUAUAGUGUAGUGAUACGAGUAAUCAACUCACAUGUGCUUGUGAAUGAUUGUUAUUUCGUACAUAGUGCACUUAAAACAAAAAUGAAGGAUUUAAUACCAGUGAUUUUUAUUGUGAUAGCAUGCAACCAAAAAGUGCUAAGUCGGAGUUACAGAGACGUAGUAGACGAUAAUGCGAUAUUAUAUGCAGAGUCACAGUUCUACGGACCAUAUUCAAGCGACAGGAACGCCCCCUUGCGCCAGGUGUGGGGACUUAGAGAACUCGGUGAUUAUGAUUCGUCCGAUGAAGAUGAUUAUCAUCGAGUGGUAUUUCCUGACACAGAUUCGCGUGACCGUCACACAUCGAGUCAAACAAACCAUAGAAAUCUUCGCCAAUGUAUAGCAUCGUGUGAGCCAUCUUCAGAGUACCAACAGGUCUGCGGGACGGACGGCGUCACAUAUCAGAAUUUGGAACAGCUGCAAUGCUUCAUGAGGUGCGGAGUAGACGUCCGCAUCCGCCAGUUGUCACCAUGUUCCGGCUGGAGCACCACGUCUCGGCCAGCCACAACGACCACACUGAGCAGCCAUAAGGCAUGCAUGGCCACGUGUCCGACCACGUCCGAGUACAACCCUGUGUGUGGCAGCGACCACGUCACAUACAACAACCAUGGAAAGCUGAUGUGUGCACAGAACUGUGGAAAAGAUGUUCAAGUUAAACGUCGAUCGCCGUGUCCGAAUAUAAAAUCUACAGCAGACCCAAGGACCACGAGUACUACAACGCCUAGAAGUACGAAACAGAGCAUCGCAGUAAGCGCGUGCAUCACCACGUGUCCCAGCACCUCGGAGUACCAGCCCGUUUGUGGCACCAACAACGAAACCUAUUUCAACUUGUCGAGGCUACAGUGCGCCAUGUACUGCGGUGUUGACGUAUCACUCCUAAAGUCAGUACCGUGCCACCUUGAAGAUAAUUCACACAACGAGGAAAAUGAUGAUGAAGAUAUUGAUGUGCGAAUUCCUAAACUGUGAUGUAUCACAUAAUUGCUAUAACGAUUAACUGGCAUGUAAAUAUUUAAAGUUUAUUAACAGAAGAUGAUCUAAGAAUAACUUAAAUGAUUUGUAUUUAUUAAGCGUAAAUAUAAGAUCUGUGAUAGCCCAGUGGAUAUGAAGAUCUGUGAUAGCCCAGUGGAUAUGACCUCUGCAUCCGAUUCCGGAGGGUGUGGGUUCGAAUCCGGUCCGGGGCAUGCACCUCCAACUUUUCAGUUGUGUGCAUUUUAAGAAAUUAAAUAUCACGUGUCUCAAUCGGUGAAGGAAAACAUCGUGAGGAAACCUGCAUACCAGAGAAUUUUCUUAAUUCUCUGCGUGUGUGUAGUCUGCCAAUCCGCAUUGGGCCAGCGUGGUGGACUAUUGGCCUAACCCCUCUCAUUCUGAGAGGAGACUCGAACUCAGCAGUGAGCCGAAUAUGGGUUGAUGACGAAGCGUAAAUAUAACUGUACCUAGAUAAGUACCUAGUUAAUAUACUACACACAGAUGUGUAGACCAGACAGUCCUCAUUUUAGUCCUCCCUGAGAGUGUUAUCACUUAUCAACGAACUAGCCAAGUUGUAGUCACGAUGCUGUUUAUGAUGAUGAUGAUGGUGAAUGGUCAGUGGCGUGCACAAGGUUUUUAACUAGGGUAUGCACUAUAUGUAAAAAUUUGAAAAAUGUGUAAAUGGUGAUAAUGAAGACGUUUCCAACUGAUCGAUCAGUGCAAUAAUUGGUGAUGUUUAUGUCUUAUAUGAACACAAUUUGGCGAAAACUGAAAUUUAUAAUAUUUGAACCUUGCCGCCAUGUUAAUUAUUAAAUUAAAUUGAUUGAUAAUCUAAUGACGAACUAUAGAUAAUGAUUUUACAGUAAAAGACUAAGCAGCCACCACUUUUACGUGACUUCUAUUUCUUUUCAUCAUCAUCAUCAUCAUGUCAGCCGAUGGACGUCCACUGCAGGACAUAAGCCUUUAGUAAGGACUUCCAAACAUCACGAUACUGAGCCACCUGCAUCCAGCGAAUCCUACUACUACUACUACUACUACUACAAGUGCGGGGUCGCCAUUCCAACACUUUGAGACCCCAACGUCCAUCGGCUCUUCGAACUAUUUUAUUUCUUUUAAAUUAAUUCAAUUCAUUAUUUUAAAAUUUUAUGACAUAGGAACCUGACUAGACUUCGUUUAAAUAAUUUUAUUUUAGUUUUAAAAUUAAAAUUUUAUAUGACAUUAAUUUACGAACUGAUCAAUAUGUUAUGUGAAUAAACAAAUAUUGUACAUAUGUGAUAACUGAUUAAGAUUUUAUUAAUAGUUGAUGUUUAUUUAAAUGUUCAUUAUUAUGUGGUUUAUAAAUAUAAAUAAGUGGUAAAACUAUUGGUGUCUUAUUAAUAGUUAAUUGCUAAAACAGUAAGCGAAUGUGGUCAGUUAUAAAUUUCAAGUUUGGAGAAUAUUGACCAGUAACAUUUUAUCUUCGACAGAGUGUAAGUCUCGUUUAGAAUUUGUUAGUGCGAUAGUUUUUAAUAAUAUUGAGUUAAAAUUUGUUAUACCUAUUAAGUACCUUUAAUUCCAAACCUAUAUGGAAUUUCAAAUAAACGUGUAGACAUGAACUAUU